CUUCAGGUAAUACAUUUGUAUAAAAUAUAUGCUUUUAAUGUGUGUGUAGUGUCUGAAUGGCUCCGGUUGCUGCCUCUCCUGGGUAUCCUGGCUCUGCUGGGCUAUCUGACCAUUCGCCCCUUCCUGCCGAAGAAGAAGAAGCAGAGGGACAGCCUGAUCAACCUGAAGAUCCAGAAAGAGAAUCCCAAAGUGGUCAACGAGAUAGACAUCGAGGACCUGAACAGCGCAAAUGUGUGUUACUGUCGCUGCUGGCGCUCCAAAACUUUUCCUGUUUGUGACAAGUCACACUUAAAGCACAACGAGCUAACUGGGGACAACGUGGGACCGCUCAUACUCAAAAAGAAGAUACUAUAAUUGAUCACUGAUGGAAUGUUCUUCUCACCUCCUCUGUCUUUAGUUUUUAUUUCUUAACAUGAGUCAUUUUUGUUCCUUUUCUCACCCUGUUGUCAUGUUUAUGUUGCUCUGAAAUGUGGAUGACAAGUCUUUGUUUGAAGUGAUACACCUAGAAAUACAAAACGGAACAGAAAACUGUAUUUGAGAAUCUUUACAUCACAUAGUGCAGUAAAGAAGCUUUUUCUCCUACUUCUUUUAUAGGCGUAUUUUCAUAGUUUACUUUUUUUUGGUUAACAGCAGCCUUUUUAUAUGUCUGUAACUUUAAUUUUAGCCAGGUCUCAACUCUUUUGGAAUCAAUUACAAAACAUUGGGACCACUUUGAGAGGAACACUUGAAACAUAAUUGCAGUGACUUAAUUUGUAUAAAUGAAAUGCUUAAAUACUAGGGCAACCUCUGAUGAACACUUUGUUCUGUAUGUCUUCAUUUUGGAUGUUAUUUUGGUAUUCUUUAACAAAGCAUCUCUUUGUCUGUGUGCCAAUACACUCUUCACUCUUUCACAAUGUGAUAUAUUCUCUUAUAAGUUAUUGUGUGUAUGGGAAGCUAUUUGUUAUUCUUCAAAUUCAUUUUGAAGCAUUUACAUUUUGUAUUCAGCUCUGUUGCCUACAAACAUUUCAAACCACUGCAUUGUUGAUAAAUCUCCAGUUACACAGGUCUAACCUCCCUACACUGUCCAGGUUUCAGAAAGAUAUUUGCUCUGUACUGUUUUUCAAGCUUCUGCAUUUUAUAAUGGCUGUACAGCUGACCUCCUACUGGAAUAUUCCUACUUGAUUGAUCAGCAAUAUUUUAUACAUAAAUUGCUUGUAUCAUCAAUGUCCAUGAUGAUUUCUAUUAAUAACUGUGUUCAUGAACCUUUGUAAGAUUAUGGCUUGAUUUGACUCAUUCUGUGCUUAAUGUGUAAAAAAAGGAAUAGUCGACAGAACUGCAGCUUCGUUGCCUUCUCUAUACUACGACAGUGGAUGAUUUAUGGACCCUUGAGCUGAAAUAGAUUUUCAAUUAAAGAUAAUUGAGCAUA